CGCCAACGACCUCGAAGCAGGCGUGGCCACGAUGGAGACGAGACGCGCACCUCUGCGAUUGAGGAUGAGGAAGACGUUCUACCGGGCGCUCCUGGUCGCUUUCCUGCUGUGGUUCUUCCUUUGCAAACUCACAUUCUACGAUGUCUUGGUAAGAACUUCCUCUGACCUUUCCACCAGCACAAGAACCAAUGCCUGAGUCCCUACAGUCCGGUUCUUUCCUCGGGCUACGAAUGUGCAAGAAUACAGAAUACUACGGCCCAGCUGCAUCGUCCCUCUCUGCUUUCCCAGCUCCAGAAAACACCACGUUCAGAAUCCCAGACACUCUCGACACAUUCUAUGACUACAAAUUCCGCAAUCACACGUCCUGCCAAAUCUCCUCGCUCGAUCUACACUCAGCGUUCUCACCACUAUGUGAGACUCGCGAUGCCUUCCUCCACGCCUUCUCCGGCGGCGGCAGAAUCGGCUUCGACCGCCCCUUCAUCCCAUUAGACUGCGACAUGCGGUGGUUCAACACCGACGAAGUCUGCAGCAUUCUCUCACGCUUCGAAAAAGUCAUCGUCGUAGGCGACAGCAUGAUGAGACAUGUCGUGGGUGCAAUGAACGUUCUCCUCCGUAAAGACCUGGGCUACGGCGCCGUCACGAACUGGAACUUUAAUGAGCAGGAAUUACAAGAAUGCUUCUGCAACCACCAAAUGGACGUGAAAUCGUGCUCGGUGCAAGGCAUUUUCUCGACCUCCUCUGUCCUACAACACGACCCGUCGAGCCUGGCCUGUGACGAACCAGUCGACUUAGUCAUCGAAAUGAUGCUCAAAUUCCCACUCGAUCCCACCGAAGUCUCACGCUUCCAGGACUUAUUGGCGUCCACCAAACCACGCAAACCCUACGCCUUCCUCUUUGGACACGGUCUGUGGAACGACCUCGACAUCCAAGCGAGCAUGAACUGGCUGGACAAGCUCCUCGAGCAUACACUUGAGAAAGCACCGUAUUUGGGCACGAUCAAUAAUCGGCGAAGUCACUCGAUCUGGCCUAGACUGUACAUCACACCAAACGCCGCUGGCGUGUUGAAGCCGGAUCAGUGGCUUGUCAGCCAGGGCGACAAGCAAUUGAUGAUUUUUGAGGAGAGUGUGCGUGUGGAAGUGGCGCAACGAGGUGUUGAGACGCUGGGGACCUGGAAUAUGAGUGUCCAAGCCACGAAAUAUGAUGGCGUGCAUUUGGACCUGAAGGGGAACUUGAUCAAAGCUAUGGGCGUGCUGAAUUGGCUGAAUCUGGUUGAUGUGGAUGCUUGGUGAGCAGGCAGACAGGAGUCAGAGUUGAGCUUGACAAAGUGCAAAGACACAGUUGCAAGAGACGAGAGUUUCACAAGAGUUUACGAGAUGGUCAACAGGCAUUGAUUGACCAUGACUAGAGGCGCAGGAGAAGCGUCUUAGGUCUCACAAGGACUUGAAUCA